CACAAAGUCGUUUCGCACCUCCGCGCAGCCAGGUCCAUGGGUGCCGGAGCGUCCACGCAGGAAAUGGCCGACCUUCGACUAGCGCUCGAAGAAAAGGAGGCGGAGAUCAUGCGAUUGCAAGCACUGACCAAGUCGCUGGAAGCGUCUAAGGCGUCCGCCGAGGAGGCGGCGGCCAAGGCGACGCACGACUUGACCAAGUCCCACGAGAUCUCCAAGGCCACACGUCCGAGCGUAGUGGGGCGCCCAUCCUUGUCCAAAGGCGGCCCAGGGCAUCCGCUCAUCUCGCAGUCUCCGAGCACGACGUCGUUCGCGACGAGGGCGCACGAACGCAAGUCGGUGGACCCGGCCAAGAAGCGGCGCGUCGAAGUGUCGGCCGAAGUGAUGCAAAAGGCCCCGACCAAGUACAAAAAAGUCGUGUACCCCAAGUCGGACGGGUCCAAGGAGCUCAUUCUCAAAGCGAUUCAAAGCAACAUCCUGUUUCAAGGGCUAUCCCAAGGCGAACAAUCUGACUGCGUCGACGCGUUCCAGUGCCGCGAACACGAAGCCGGAGUUGAAAUCAUCACGCAGGGCGACCAGGGAGAGAAUUUCUACGUGGUGCAGUCCGGCACCCUCGAUAUCCUCGUGUCAGUUAAGACGAACCCGCCCAUCAAGUUCGGGGCCCUCACCUCCGGCAUGGGAUUCGGAGAGCUAGCGCUGCUAUGCAACACCCCCCGCGCCGCCACAAUCAAGUCCAAGUCGUCGGUAGUGCUGUGGGCGCUGGAUCGCAACGAUUUCCGAGAGAUUUGCACCACACAUGAAGCAAUGCGGCAUGCCAAGGCCGUGGAAUUCCUCCGCCAAGUCGAAGUGCUCAAGAAGCUCAGCUCGGCUGAGAUCAUCCGUGUGGCGGCGGCGAUGCAGUGGGAAGAGUACGAGUCCAACACUGUUAUAUUCCGAGAAGGCGAGAUGGGCGAGCAUUUCUACGUCAUCACGUCUGGGGAGGUCCAAGUCACCAAGCUCAACGCGGCCACCGAAGUCGACGAGUUUGUCAGGGUCAUGUCCAGCGGCGACCACUUUGGGGAGCUAGCGCUGCUCAAGGACGACACAAGGAGUGCCACGUGUGUAUCGACGACCGAUGUGCAGCUGCUCGUGCUGUCAAGAGAUCAUUUUAGUGCCAUGCUCGGGUCGUUGCAGGAACUCAUGGAUCGACCCGACGUGCCAUUGCUGAUUAGCUCGAAAAAGAGCUCAGUGUUGGACUUGUCCAGGGCAGCGAGCAUCAAGUACAAGCUGGACAUUCCUUUCGAGGACUUGGAGAUCAUGCACGCGCUCGGCAGCGGCGCGUUCGGGCGCGUCAAGCUCGUGCGCCACAUGCAGACGGACCAGACAUUCGCCCUCAAAUGCCUCGUGAAGUCACACAUUGUGGCCAACAACCUCAAGGAUCACGUCGUGAAUGAGAAGAAGGUCAUGAUGAUGCUGGACCACCCGUUCAUUCUCAAGCUACACCACACGUACAAGGACGAUUUGUACGUGUACUUUUUGCUCGAACUGGCCCUCGGCGGCGAAUUGUUUACGUUUCUGCGACGCCGUGAGCGGUUCGAAGAGACGGCCGCGAGGUUUUAUGUGGCGUCCGUCGUGCUCGCAUUUGAGCACAUGCAUCAAAAGAUGAUUGCGUACCGGGACUUGAAACCCGAAAACCUCAUUUUGGACGCCAGUGGGUUCCUCAAGGUGGUGGAUUUCGGACUGGCCAAGGUUGUGCCCGAACGCACGUGGACAUUGUGUGGCACGCCAGACUAUUUGGCGCCAGAAAUCAUCCUGAAUCGAGGCCACGACAAGGCGGUCGAUUAUUGGGCGUUGGGAGUGUUGAUCUACGAGCUGAUUGCCGGCACCGUGCCUUUCUUUGCGGACGAUCCCAUGCAAGUGUAUUCGCUCGUCUUGACUGGGAACAUCAAGUUUCCCGUGCAUUUUAGCCGGACGUGUAUAGACUUGGUGCAGAAGCUACUGGCCCAGAACCCCGUGCGGAGACUUGGGAACCUCAAGCACGGCGUGGGGGAUAUCAUUAACCACAGAUGGUUCUCGGGCUACGACUGGGACGGCCUACUCAAGCACAAACUCACGCCGCCGAUCAUCCCCCAGCUCAAGAACAACAUGGACUCGUCCAAUUUUGAGCGGAUAACCGACGAGCUCAAGGACGUGACCCCGUGUGCGUGGGACCCUGACUUUUAGAACAUAGCAUUAAACUAUCUCGCGUGUAACAUAUGGCAUCGUUCAGGCCUUCCCUGGCUUGACGAACGUUGUGUGCGUUCA